AUGAUCUGGAUACUUCAAGUCUUGUUCUCACCGCUCCCAACACCAGCAUUGAUUAGUCUUAUAGCAUUUGGAGCUGGCAUCAUCCUGUGGGUGAUAAGCAGGCCAAAACCUGUUUUGCCUCCUGUUGACUUGAACAAGCAGUCAGUAGGAAUUGAGAGAGGAGCCAGAAGAAGUGCACUCUUGACAGAUAAUAACCUGGUUUCUUAUUACUUUGAAGAUGCUAAAACGUUGUAUGAAGUUUUCCAAAGAGGACUGCAUGUUUCUGGAAAUGGCAACUGUUUAGGCUACAGAAAACCCAAGCAACCUUAUCAGUGGCUGACAUAUAAACAGGUUUUGGACAGAGCUCAAUACCUGGGAUCAGGGCUGCUGCAAAAAGGAUGCAAACCAUCACCAAACCACUUUAUUGGCAUUUUUGCUCAGAAUAGGCCAGAGUGGAUCAUUUCAGAGUAUGCCUGCUACACUUACUCAAUGGUUGCUGUUCCACUCUAUGACACUCUGGGGCAAGAUGCCAUUGUGCAUAUUGUUAACCAAGCUGACAUAAGCAUAGUGAUCUCUGACAAGCCUGAGAAGGCAAAGAUCUUGCUUGAGAACUGUGAGCAACAAAAGACCCCAAGUCUGAAGAUUAUAAUUCUCAUGGAUCUUUUUGAUAAAGAGCUCAAGGACAGAGGAACUAAAGUGGGAGUUGAAAUUAUAGCACUGCAGGAGGUUGAGGAGCUGGGAAAAAACAACAUCAGAGAACCAGUUCCUCCUAAACCUGGAGAUCUUAGUGUUGUGUGUUUUACCAGUGGAACCACAGGUAACCCUAAAGGAGCCAUGCUGACACAUGAAAACAUUGUUUCAAAUGCUGCUGCUGUCCUUAGACUCACAGAGAACACAAUUGAGAUUACAAGUUUAGAUGUCAUCAUCUCCUACCUUCCCUUGGCUCACAUGUUUGAGAGAGUUGUACAGACUGUGGCCUACAGCUGUGGAUGUAAAGUAGGCUUCUUCCAAGGAGACAUCAAGUUACUAACAGAUGACAUGAUGAGCUUGAAGCCAACAGUGUUUCCAGUUGUACCAAGACUACUCAAUAGAGUAUAUGACAAGAUCCAAAGUGGUGCAAAGACCCCAGUGAAACGCUGUGUGUUAAACUUGGCUGUAAUGAUGAAGAAAGCUGAACUAAAACAGGGCAUCAUUCGCAAUGACAGCAUUUGGGAUCAGCUAGUCUUCAAAAAAGUUCAGAAAACAAUGGGUGGAAAAGUGCGUAUCAUGGUAACAGGUGCAGCCCCUAUAUCUCCCUCUGUCCUGACCUUUCUUAGAGCAACAUUAGGCUGUCAGAUCUUUGAAGGUUAUGGCCAGACUGAAUGCUCAGCUGGAUGCACUUUCUCAAUGCCUGGAGACUUUACAGCAGGCCAUGUUGGAUCCCCCCUAGUUUGCAAUAUUGUAAAACUAGAGGAUGUGGAAGAAAUGAACUACUUCUCUUCUAACAAUGAAGGCGAGGUCUGCAUUAAAGGACCGAAUGUAUUCAAGGGUUAUUUGAAAGAACCUGAGAAGACAGCAGAAGCAAUUGAUAAAGAUGGUUGGCUUCACACUGGAGACAUAGGGAAAUGGUUGCCAAAUGGAACACUGAAGAUCAUCGAUAGGAAGAAGAAUAUAUUUAAACUUGCACAAGGAGAAUACAUUGCUCCUGAGAAGAUAGAAAAUGUCUAUAUUGGAAGUGUUCCUGUAGCCCAGGUCUUUGUGCAUGGGGAAAGCCUGAGGUCUUGUCUAAUAGGUAUAGUGGUUCCUGAUCCUGAAACGCUUCCAGAAUUUGCAGCAAAACUGGGAGUAAAAGGCUCCUAUGAAGAUAUCUGCAAAAAUCCAGCAAUAAAGAAAGCUAUUUUAGAAGAUAUGAUCAGACUAGGGAAAGAGGCUGGCCUUAAAAGCUUUGAACAAGUUAAAGACCUGUACAUCCACACAGAGAUGUUCUCUAUAGAAAAUGGACUUUUGACGCCAACACUGAAGGCAAAGCGAGCAGAGCUUGCUAAAUUCUUCCAGAAGGAGAUCGAGGCUCUUUAUUCGAGUAUGCAGGAAUAA